AAAAAACAAUAAAGAUGUACAGUGCUCGAGACGAAUCGUUGACGGAGCGCUUUGUCACGUACGAGGGGGCGGGGCUUAGCUCGCGCGAGACUAACAUGUCAACUGAAAAUAACGGUAGAAUUUUUAAAACUGAUUUGCCGUCGUUCACUUGCGAAACCGCCCAACUUUUCAGUCAGCAUGUUUGCCUACGUCCGGUUUAUCGACGACAACAUCCGUCAGAUAGUGCCCUUGGACCAUAUAAAAGACUUCUGUCCACAGGACGUCAAGGAUUUUGAAAUAAAGAAAAAAAAUAUCAUAUUUUGUGGAAGAAAUCCCCAGAGGACCAGGGACAAUACUACAAAGCACAGAUAUUAAAAUUGGCUGAAACUAAAGAGGAAUUAACUCGUGAGAGAAUCUCGAUACCCCCACUCGAUAGUGAUGAGGAAGACCGGUCAUCCUCGAGAAGGUCCAUGAAUCCAUCUUGUGACAACACAAAUGACAAGAAAAAAAAAAAGGCAGCAGUUCAAAGCAUACAAAAAAGGAAGAAUUUAAUGGAUAUCCUAAAAGAAAAGAAAAAAGUUAUCCAGACCAGUUUUGAAUCACAAGAGGAACAUGUCCCCAUGGCUGUGCACAAGGAACUGCAAGACAAAUAUUACAACCUCAAAAAAAGGAUGCGAGAGGAGGAGAUGGCUAAUGAAGAAAAUGGGAAAAAAAUUAAAUGCUUAAAAGAAGAGAAAAGGGACAUGAAGGCUGAACUGCAGCAACUAAGGUGGUUAAACCUAAAUCUCCAAGAGGAGCUUUUCCAAAAAAAAAAAAAUAACACAGAAUGAGACCUCUUCUGCAGUCCAUACUCCACUCCCACAACAGCCAUUUCAUGGUCCAGAAAAACUAGCAGAAGAGCAAACAGACAUGAUACCCAAAAUAAAACGAAAAGAACCACAGACCUCUUCUGCAGGCCACACUCAACUCCCACAGCAACCAGUUCUUGGUCCAGAAGAACCAGAAGAGGAGCUAAGACACAGCGAUGGCAAGGAUCUAGGAUACGGAGUCAUGAUACCCACAAAAAAAUGGGACAUUGUGAGGAGAGUUGAGGGUGACUCAAAAUUCUGUAAGAGCCUGGCUGUUGUUAUAUGGGGUACCACAGUCCUCAAACAGAGGAGCGUUACUGGCAUGAAAUGCAACGCUAAAAAAGCUGCUGAGGCAAAACCUCCUCUGACUCCUGAAAAGGUGUCAGCUAUCAAAGAAUGUCUGUCUCAGAAGCUGAAGGAAAGAGGCCACACCUCAGAGGAAAUAAAUAAGCGCCUCCUAAGUGUGCGAAAAUACCUGGCUGAGAAGAUCAGUGACAUAAACUGGAUAAAAACUGUCAUUGGUCUAAGCCAGCCACAGUGAAGCCACAAACACACUUCAUAAUUCCUGUA